AAAUGAGCGCGUGACGUAGCGGAGCACGCAGCUGGACAUCAAAGAGGAUCAAAGCGGCUGUCCACGGCUCCUUAAGCUCUUUUAGCCAGAGCAGAUUGAGUGUUUGUGCGUCUCUUUCAUCGGUGACCGGAUCAGGAAUGAGUUCAGCACCGCGGACAGCGACGGAGCGAACAAAACUCCCGUACUGCCACGAAUCUUUCCAUAACCUUCAGGAGUUGAGACACAGUGCAUCUCUGGCCAAUAAGGUCUUCAUUCAGAGAGACUACACGGAUGGCACCAUCUGCAAGUUCCAGACCAAGUUCCCCUCUGAGUUAGACAGCAGGAUUGAGAGGACGCUGUUUGAGGACACGGUGAAGAUGCUGAAUAAUUACUAUGCAGAGGCGGAGAAGAUCGGAGGCCAGUCCUACAUCGAGGGAUGUCUGGCCUGCCUCACGGUUUACCUCGUAUUCCUGUGCAUCGAGACGCGCUAUGAGAAGGUGCUGAAGAAGAUCUCGCGGUACAUUCAGGAGCAGAAUGAGAAGGUCUACGCUCCUCGAGGUCUCCUCAUCACAGACCCCAUAGAGAGAGGCAUGAGGGUCAUUGAGAUCAGUGUGUACGAGGAUCGCGGCUCCAGCGGUUCAAGCUCAGGAAGCAGCACAACCAGCAGCAGCGGACGAUGAUUCACACACACACACACACACACUCGCCCACAUGUGAUGCCUUCAUACUAACGCCCGCUGAACAGACACGAUAGCAACCGCUCAGCAUCGCCAAACACAAACACACCUGACAUGAACUGCCUCCACAAGACACAUCAGCUUCUGGAUCAGCAGCGCGUCAUUACCUCAGUCAUUACCGCCACCUUCACUGACACCUUCCAGUCACUCGCUGUAGCAUUCUGGGUAAAGCGCACAUGAGCUUCUGUCACUGUAAUAUGCAAUCUCACUCACAAACGCCUGUGAUGUAGCUGCCGAUCGGCACACAACAGUCUUCCAUCAUCACGAUUUUUCACCCUUUUUUGUUUGAGAAUUUAAUGAGCACUUUUACUCUAAUUAUUGAACAGAAGUCAGAUUUUAGACUAGGUAGAUGUCAAGGACUGAAAUCUAAGCCCAUAUAUUUUAUACAGGCCCCAGACACUGCCAUCUUAUUCCACGGGUACUAUUUAUGACUUUAUUGUUUUAUUUCAUAGUGUGCUAAUCGUUCAUACUUUGUACUCAUAACGCGUCGUCAGAGCAGAAACGAGUCCUGAUGACGUGACUGCCAAGAGCCAGAGCUUCCUCACAUGGUCCUUCAUCAUGAGCUUCCAUUUCGUACUGAGAACCUUUGUCCCCUGUUUAUGCAAAGAUCAAGCGUAAAAGAAGCUGAGAGUGCUUUUCUGUUGUGUAGCAAAAUAAAUAAACAACGAUGGUCAAAUGAACUAGUUCUGCUUUUGUGUAUUUGAUCCACAUUUUAUUUAAAUUUAUUUUUAUGCACAGGGUUUUAUUUAGGCAUUUUACACUUGACUAAAAAGAAGUGCUUUCAUGUAAAACAGGACAUUGUUUUUUGCCAUUAAGUUUUUAAGAUAUUAAUAUAUAUGCCUCUUUGGCGCCACUCUGUUUGAGAUGUUCUUCUUUCCGUGGGUUGUGCAUCGGCAUGGCUCUAGCGCGGAUUAAUCUAAUGUUUUGAGGUGUAUGUGUAUUCACUGUACUUCGGAAUUACAGAUACAUCUUGGAAAUAUGUCAAAAAUAAUAAGCUUUGCUGGAAAAUGUCAUCUGAAGAAGUAAGUAACAUGUCUGCCAGUUUCACUUUGACCAACUGAAAAAAAAAAAGUUUUACAAUAAAUUGUGCUACCAGUGUGAUUAAAUCUAACGAUCGCAAUUGCUUUAAAGUUAGCUCAGAUCACAUCAAACGUGCAAAUAUUAUAAUUUGUUCUCAAAUUGUUAAUGUCAACAGUGUCAACACUGCAUUAGUUUAGGGUGUAUUUAGUUACCUGUAGAUUUGAAUUUCUGUACAGUCUAAUCUCUAAUUGACAUAAUAUUCGAUUGUCAUAGAAAAAAUGUGUUCUUUUAAACUCAAAAAUCUAUUUAAUGUUCCUUAUCACUCGUUCUAAAAUGACAAGUUUAAUUAUUACAGCUGCUGUAAGAAGAGGCUACACAUUGAUCCGCCACCACAUGCGAUAUAGCCUACUAGCCGGGACUCCUUUAUGUAUACAGACGUGACAUAAUGACGCAAAGACGAACGGCGGCAAACUAGCAUUUCCCGCGAAAACCGACCCAAACCCGAAUUAGAAAACAUUUUUUACAAGCUUACCGUUGUGAAUCGGGGGCUAAGGUGAGGAGAUAGUUUUGAACA